AGAAGUGUGUCACUUAACAUCACAACAUAUCUUCGUAUACCAACUAAACAUUGUAAGUAUGCAGUGCUUGUUUGGGGCCCUAGUGGUUAUAUACGGUUUCUGCCCUGGCCUGAUAGCGGGAAAUAUCAACCAAGCGUUCGACGUCUCCAAAUUCCUGAAUCCAUGGAAGGGAUCAGACAUACCAGAAUGUACUGAGCUCGACAAACCUUGUGACAUAGCUAUUGGUCUGAUACAGAACGGUAGUUUGUCAAAAAUAACGACGGAAGAAGAGAUGUGCGCAUGUCCAGGAACAAACAAGUGUCCCAGGGGUUGGGAAACGGACCUAAGGAAGUCCAGACGAAUGGAACUCCAAUCCUCAGGUUCUGAAGCCCUCAUCCAAUUCAACUACUGCGAAGAUAUCCCCGAACUUCCGGUCUGUCUUGGUACCGAAAUUGCUCUGAAAACUCUCGAGAUUGGUCUUUACCCAGAAGAGAUUUUAGAAAACAAAUGUCGUUGUCCAAACGGUCGACAUCUUUUGCUGAAGAAGAGUCAACUGGUUUACCGUAGACGAUACCAGGACUAUGUGUGUAGUAUGGCGGAGUGCGACGUCAGCAACAGUCAAGAGUGCUUCCACUCCAGGAGAACCGGAUUUGGUGUCUAUACCACUACCGUACACUGCCGAUGUGGAAACGGAUUCGAUUGUGUAACAGACAGACGCUCUGCAAACGGACGACAAGACAUAUAUGGCCGUUGUGAAGAGAUGUGAGGCAGACCAAGAGUACAGAAUGUCUAAUUAUCUAAGUGAAUUAAACAUUUUUAGUGUGCUCAUUUGGUCCCGGUAACAACCGAAUAAGUAUCCUUGUUGUAAAUAUCACGAUAUAACAUUCUCCUUUGGACACUGUGUGUGAUGGCAAUCAUUUUGACUCGUCUGCUUUAAAAAAUAUAUAUAUAUAUAUAUUUAUGUAUAUGAAAAGGAGACCAGUUUGAUUUCACAGAACGUUUUUCAUCAUACAUCCGUGACGUAACUUGCUAAAAUGAUCGUUUGAUAUAUAUAUAUAUAUGUACAUGUAAGGGCCUUUCAUAAAAGUUGCUUUUUCAUUACUUUAAA